AUGGCAGUCUGUAUCGAGCUGGCACAAUUUCCUCGCGAUAUCAACGCAACUCAUACCUUGUUUUCUAGGUACGCCUCAUCAUUGGGCAUUGACCUCACCUUUCAGUCAUUCCAAGACGAGCUUGAUUCUUUACCGGGAAAGUAUGACGAAUCCCAAGGAGGUGCAUUAUUAAUUGCGCGAGCACAACGAGACUUUCCACCAGACCAAACAAUCUCCAGUGCUUCCACAACCAAUCCGUCAUCCUCACAUGCCCCUGUGGUGGGCUGUGUGGCGCUCCGGCGGAGCUCCAACAACUGGUGUGAGAUGAAACGCUUGUAUGUCCUGCCCGAAGCAAGAGGACUACGGCUUGGCGACAAACUUGUGGUCGCCAUCAUGGAAAAAGCAAAGAGCUUGCAUUAUAGUGGUAUUCGGCUCGACACGCUGCCAGAGAUGAUCGCAGCUCAGCGCCUUUAUCUUAGGCAUGGGUUCGUGGAGAUCGACUCGUACUAUGAUACACCUAUCGAGGGUACAAUAUUUAUGGGUUUUGAGUUCACCCAUUGA